UUAUCUAUUUUUUCUCUUCUUUUCUUUUACUUUACCAAUUUCUCAUUAAAACUCGUGCCGUCCACAAUUGAGACUAUUUUUUGUAGACGGCGGGAGUAUGUUUUAAAUGAAAGGAUCGUGAAAAGCUGGAUGAAAAUUGAUUAGAUACAUGGUUUUUUGUGAAAUUUAUAACCAUAGAAAUUGAUAUAUGGUUUUACUAGAUAAAAAAACUACUUAUAUUCUCUAGUCUAAAAUGAAAGAAUUAUGAGUAUCAUGAAAUAAACGUCAACUUCGUCAUAAAAAUUUUGGCCAUUAAGCCUUUAUUUAUGUACGUCAAGUUUUAUAGUCUUGUUCAACUUUGCUUUGAGUUUGAAUGAUAUCACAGUCAUCUUAUCAAAUCACAUAUGCCGAUAGGAAAAUUUCAUAACAACAAUUUCAUCUCAUUCUUCGUAGAUUUGAAUAGUUUUUAAAUUCAUAUGAUUACGAUGUUCAAUCCAAAAUCAGUUUUUCUUUACUAAUAAUGUAUCGAAUUUAUAUCUAGGUCAUUGUUAAUUUUUAGCUACGAGUGCAGUCUGCAGAUUAAGCAAGCAGAAAUAUGGUAGAAGCAGUCAUUUUAUCAUUGAUGCAAAAGCUCAACAAAUAUCAAGAGGAAAGAACAGGUAAGGCCAACCAAUUUGAAAUUGGAGAAAUGGAAAGGGUAAUUAAAGAGGUGAGAGAGAUUGUAGAUAUAGUUAGAGAUAAGGAAUUUGGAGAGGGAAGAAGAGUCAGAUAUUUGGUAUCUGAUCUGAUCCACAUGGCCCACUAUGCCCUCAACCUCUACAAACAUCGCCGAGCUCAUGUGAUAGAGUACAGCUAUAAUUGGAUUGGAGAGAUCAAAAUGCGGAUGCUUAAACUGGGAGCUGAUGGGGCUGAGACAGAGUCCAACUCAGAAAAUGUUGAUGAAGAUCAUGUGGUGGUCGGCUUGGAUAAACACAUAGAAAUGGUGCUCCGCGCAAUGAUUUUUCAUAAAAUAAAAUAUCGCUCAUGGGUGGUUAUCAAAGGCAUGUCUGGUAUUGGAAAGACGACUCUAGCUAGAGAGAUAUACAACCAUGCAGAUGUCAUUAAUCGAUUCAAGUAUCGUGCUUGGGUAUGUGUUUCUAAUGUCUUAACUCUUAGAGAGAUAUUUAUCAAACUACUUAUGCAAGUAGUAGUAGAUGGUGAAAAUCUUCACACAUCUUCAUCAUUGGAGGAAAUGGACAACCAAACCCUCCUAUAUAUGCUUCACCAGCACCUGCAAGGACUGCCAUGUUUGAUAGUUCUCGACGACUUGCCCAAACAUAUACCCUUAGAACCUCUCUGGGAAGCUCUUCAACAACAAGAAUACCACCGAAGUAGAUUGGUGGUCACAAGUCACAUGACGCAUCAAUUUAUAAAAACAGAAAGGCAUGAUGUUCAUAAGAUGGAACCUUUGGAUCCUAUUAUGAGCUGGCAAUUGUUUUAUAAAACAAUAAACAGUGAGAAUAAAUUGAGGAGUGAGCAGGAAUUCCCAAAAGAGUUGGAGUACCAAGGAAAACUGAUGUUGAGAAAAUGUGGCGGUCUGCCAUUAGCUAUUAAAGAGGUUGCAAAUCAGCUAGCGCAAAAGAAAGCCUCUACUGGAACUGAAUGGGAACAUCUUCUUGAGUCUGUUGAUUUUGGUUCAACAUUGGAGUUGUUGGAACCAUUUUAUCAAAAACUAGACCCCAAAUUGCUGCCACGUUUCAUGUAUUUAGCCUUGUUUAAGGAAAAUACAACUUUGAGGGCAAAUAAGUUGUUGCAGAUUUGGGAAGUAGUAGGAGAAGCAAGUUAUGGGAAUGCAGAUGAUUUAGUUGAUGAAUCUGUUAUUGAUGAAGUUAACGACAAGAGCACACGGUAUCUCAUGAAUCCAGUGCUACACAGACUAUCCAUUAAAAAAGCAGAGGAGGGAAUUGGUUUUGAGAUCCUCGGAAGUACUCGACUCAAUGGAAAUCCACGUCAUCGUGUGAUCAUUUGUAGCAGAGACAAUUUCAGCUACUCAACGAAUCAAGAUAAAUAUCUUGUUUCUCUCUUCUUCCAUGGAGGUGGUUAUUUCAAUGCUAGUCCAUCUUAUUGGAAAGGCUUUGAAAACCUUGAGGUACUUGACUUUGAAGAUUUUGGGUUGAAGGCUUUACCUGAAACGAUUGGCAUAUUGAUGGAACUAAGAUACUUGGGAUUGAGAAAUAAUUACAUAAAUGAGCUCCCAAAAUCAGUGGGGUUCUUGGAAAAGCUUGAGGUUCUUGACAUAGCUCAAAACUUUGUGGUGCAAGUACCAGAUAUUGUAUGGGAAAUGGAUAGCCUUCGCCACGUCUACAUGUCUGAUGUUAUUUCUGAGAAACCUUUCACGAUGGAUGUGCUACAGCGGCUGAAGACCUUAACCUCGGUCUCAUUUGAUGAUCUGAUAUAUGAUGAGCUCUUAGGAUUGAAAAAGUCGACUUCGCUGGAGAAAUUGGGUGUACAAGAUUUGGAUGGAAAAACACAUGUAAGCAAACUCUUUGGGUUAUUGUCCAACUUGAAAUCUAUUAAACACCUAAUCUUAACAGGGUACUGUUUUAGAUGCAUGCCUUGUUUGGAUGAGCUUGCUACUUUACACAGUGUUAGAACACUCAAAUUGGAUGGACGCCUAGAUAGGUUGCCAAAUAGUUUCCCUUACUUGAUGAAUUCCUUGACGUUGGCAAAUAGCUGUCUUGAUGAAGAUCCCAUGCCACUGCUAGGGAAGCUACCUCAGCUACAUAAGCUCAUAUUGCGGAAUGCAUAUACAGGUCAACAAAUGGGUAUUCGUGAAUUCGGUUUUGAUGAUCUUAAAGUCUUGUGUAUCGAAAAUUUAUUGAAACUGACGAAUCUACAAAUUGGAAAAGGUGCACUACAACUUCUUAGGAAAUUAGAAAUCCGCAAUUGUCCAUGUCUGGACACCCUCCCCAAAGAGGUUCGGUCAUUAUAUAGUUUGGAGGAGUUAAAGAUGGUGACAACCAAAGCCAUUUCAACAAAGAUAAGGAAUUCACGCUCAGUCUCCAAAAUAAGGUUUGUGAAUAUCAAUCCAUAGGAGCGGUUAUUGAUAAUAGGCUCUAUUCCUCUUGUCUCUCCUGUAUGUACAAGUAUUUAUAAUAAGUUAAUUUAAUUCAUAAAUGGUUACUAAAUUAUGGAUAGAGUAUUUUUUUUCCCAAAAUAAAUACUAAACUCUAUAUUUUAUAUUCUUUGUAGUUUAAUAUAAUUUUCUUAAAUAUUUAUUGUGUGGUUGCUGUUA